GCUUUUGAUAGAGUUGAUCAUCGUUUACUUGUAAGAAAGUUAAAGAAAUUCGGGAUUGGUGGGACUUUGUUGAAAUGGUUUGAAGACUACUUAACCAAUCGUCACCAAAGAGUAACUGUCCUUGGCAAAACUUCACAUUCUCUCCCAGUACUUUCUGGCGUGCCGCAAGGUUCAAUACUUGGUCCUUUACUGUUUGUUAUUUACGUGAACGAUCUUCCGCAGGAAACAUCUACAUCGUCUAUUGCUUUGUAUGCUGAUGAUACUAAAUGCUAUCGUCCAGUUAGAUCACAUAAGGAUGAACAAUAUCUUCAAAAAGAUCUUGAUGGUAUUAACAAUUGGUGUGAAUUGUGGCGGAUGGAUCUGAAUCAAUCGAAAUGUGAAGUUCUUUCGGUGACCAGAAAUCUGAAGCUA